GGGGCCGGCGCGAAUCUGUCACAGCAGUCGCAGUGAACGCGUUGUCCAAAAUGUGGCAAGUUACCUUCAGCUAUGCUGUGCUUAUUGUUCCGUUAGUAUCUUCCACUACUGAAUGGUGGGGUGAUCUGAGAGCUCAUCUGAAUCCUAGUAGGACACCAGCAUUCUAUGAUGUUACCUACGACGAAGCAGAAUGCCCACUCGGACUCCGUUCCGAUGCGAUUCCCGAAUAUGUUUACUUCGGAACUAUGAUGGCAACAAUGAGCGUAAACGAACAUGAAGAAUGCCUACAAAAAUGUGCAGAAAAGCCACGAUGCAAGGCUGUCAACUAUUUCCAUCCAUUCGCAUACCAGAAAAAAGGAUUCUGUGAAUUGCUGUCUGAAACACAGCGUGAUAAUCCUCGUCUUAUGCGUCCAUUCCGUCUCGCCACAUAUUUUGAACGUAUUCGCUGCCGAGAAUCUGAAGAUACCGACGAACUUGUCGAAGUUGUGCGAAAGCCAGCACCUACUCGCGAGAAGAAACUGGAGAUGAACAGCCUUAUGAAAAAGCUCACCAACAAGGUCAAUGAGUUCAACUCGGGUUUUCGGGCUGCCCGUUGAAAUAAUAUUCAGAAACUUCUCUAAUUCUACUACAUCUAAUGCUUCUAUAUUCAUCUAUAUUUUCCCCUCUUACAUGUCUAUGCUUGAUCUCACUUUAUGUAGCCGCGGGUGUCCCGACGUAUGCGCCAUCCAACCCAAAACGAGAUGACCGCCAUCGUCCGUAACAAGAAUCUUUUUCUUUCGUGAGC